AGUGGAUAAUCGUGCUUCCGGGCAGAUUGGCUUCCUUACCCCUGUUAGACAGCAGACAUGGCGGAGUACAGCCAGGCAGGCCUCCUGGCAGCUCUGCUUCUCUUUACGGCGCUGACGGUCCGAGACAUUUAUCUCGGCAGAUCGAGCCCGCAGCUCGGACACCAGUCGGCCGACACCCCUGGCCCCUCUCUGGAUACUCCUGCGGACAAAGACCCCGGAAAAUCCGCCAAGUCCUCCCUGUACACCGGGCCCGUGCUCAAGUUCCAGUACUGUAUCUCCUGAGGUUACAGUAAAGUGUUCCAGGAGUACUCUCGCGCCAUCAGCCAGCUGUACCCGGACAUCCGCAUUGAGGGAGACAACUAUCCCCCAACCCCCUUCAAUAGGUUUGCAGGUAACCUGAUCUCCUACCUGAAGCUCCUUGCCAUCUUGCUCAUUGUCAGCGGUCAGAAUCCCUUCAUCCUCCUUGGACUCGACACUCCCAGGGCCUGGACAUGGAGUCAGGACAACAAGAUCUUCUCCUGUCUGAUGGCCUUCUUCCUCUGUAACAUGAUGGAGACUCACUUCUUGUCUACAGGAGCCUUUGAGAUUACUCUGAAUGAUGUCCCCUUAUGGUCGAAGCUUCAGUCAGGUUAUGUCCCCAACAUCCAGGAGAUCUUUCAGAUCCUCGACAACCACCUGAAGAUGAACCAGGUGGAUCCAAUGAGUUUCCCCUCCACAUAGAGCUACGCACACAGGUGUCCGGGCUCAGUGGGACGUUCAAAUGCUGGCGUUUAUGAAGGUUUGGCCUUAAAACAGACUCUGUGAGGUCCAGCCAGAUGUUCCCCGCCACGAAAGGAGCGCUCCCUCUGUGCUGGAUCACAGCUCAGCACUACAGUACCCAUAAUGCACUAGUCAGUGUGGGUUGAGUCAGCUGUACGCACAGACUUAUACUGGAAUCUACUGGUUUUUGUUGGUUAAGUUUGAUUUUAUUUAUUUAGUGUGAGGUUCAGUUUAUUCAACAGGAAAAGAAUAAAACAAUGGUACCACUGUUCUCUUCAUGCUAAUUAGCCUCAUAUGGACAGGAAGCACCAGAGAGGAAAGUGAGAAAUAAAGUAUGAUUAAUUAAAUCUGGUUUAUGUAACAAGUGAUUUUUUUAAAAAAAAAAUGAAUGUCCUCGUUGAGUCUGUGAAAUAUCUGAAAUGAGAAUAAAACUCAUCAACAUGA